GGUUCGUCGUAUUCUGGAAGUUUCCAAUUUUCCGAAACUAUUUGUUUCGAUUCUUUUCGACUAGAAAUUGAAACUGGACGUCUCUGUCUCUACCGAUUGUUAUUUGAGCUUUCUGUAUCAUGGUAUUAACAAAUCGCUGAUAAAGCAACAUUUUUGGAGAAACUGAACUGAGGUAUGUGAUUACCACUGGCUCAGAUUAAAAUCUCAAGAGCCGUAAAAUGGAAGAUAUAAAGCAGUUGCAAAUGGAAGACUGGGAUGAAGACCAGGUACGGACUUGGUUACGCCAUAUUCGUGUCAAAGAUGAACACAUACAGACAUUGUAUGAGGAACAGGUCACUGGUGCAGUGCUGCAAGUGAUGAGCAAGGAGGACCUCAAAGACUUUCAUAUAAAACAAGGUCAGGCAAAACUCAUUCUGAAUAAAAGGAAUGAACUAUUGAACAGUCAGAGUUUACAAUUGGCCCAGUUCAGCACAAGUGAAGAGAGAGGUUGCAAAGAAACUUCUCCAACACAAGGUAGUUUGGAUGGCACUGCCAGUCAGACAGCACAGACAAAAUCUCUGCCAAGUAAAGGGAAAUCGAAAAGCCAGAGCACUGCUACUGCUUUGACAUCAGACCACCCGAGCACUUCCGCUGACUCGCAUCUUGACAGCACACUCGAGAGGGUGAAUGAAAAUAAUCUUCAGAACCGAUGCAAGCCUUGUCCAUUUGACAAGGAAGAUAUCGACUUUAAAUACGUAAGAAACAGUGUCCUUCCACCAGAAACUGGAGUUAUAAAUUUAAUUUGUCCCUGCCAUGAAUAUAAAUCUCUUGCUACAGCUGUUAAACUAAAUAGACAACGGCUCCAAGCCAAAUUUGCUCAUGAAUUUAUCAGAUUUGCUUCUGGGUGCAUGAAUGUUCGAACUAAUGGUACCAUUCAUUUUGGUGUUGAGGAUGGCAAUGGGAAUUCUGGGUAUACACAUGGUGAAAUAAUUGGUGUCCCUGUCAAAGACCCUAGCAUCUAUGUCGAUGCUUUGGAUUAUAUCGAGAAAUGCUUCACACGUUACGCUGAGGAUGCAAGAAAUUGCAUUCGCCCUCCCAAAUUAGUGGAAGUGAUCAGCAAAAAUGGAAGUGAAGGGAGGUUUGUUAUUGAGAUUGAUGUAAACCCAUCAAUAAAGAUUGUGAGAAACAAAAUUUACAGAGUCCGUCUUCCAAAUUUUAAUGAAAGCAAAAAUAAGGUUGAAUAUGAGAAAAAGGCCAUCUACAGAAGAAAGGGAGCAAACACUGAAACUGUUUGUGAGGAGAGUCAGGAUGAAUUUAUCUCCGGGAUGCAAGAAAGGGAUAAACAAAGAGAAGUAGCAGAAACAACAGAGGAGCCCAGCAAAAUUCAUGAGGAUUUAGGAAGGAAACUAUCAUUUCUUAUAAAUGGUGGCAAGAAAUACAUGGAUAACAGCCAGCGGUAUGUGCUUGUAAUCAACAAAUGUAAACCAGAAGAUUUACAGAAUUUAAAUUUCUUAUUGCAUAUAAAUAUCUUUUGUGUGUUUGACUAUGAUCCUAAUUCGAAGACCAAUGGCUUCUUUGAGUACUACUUAAAACAUCACACAGCCAACGUUCACUUCUUACAGGAUUACAGAUGUGUGGACCGAGAGAGUGUGAGUGACUUAAGGAAACGGUUAUGUCUAUUUGAUCAAACGAGUUGGAUAUUCUGCAAUGGGUGCAACCAUUAUGAUGGUGAUGAGAAACAGUGUGACCUGAGGACAUGGGUGACCAGCAAGAAAAAACACCUGAAGAGGACCGUCUCUCUGAUCUGCAAUGAAAUUCUACCAAAUGGUUCCUUUAUUGUACUUUUUCUCCUCUUGUCACCGGUGGAACAGCCUUUGGUGGACACUUUCCAUGAAUUAUAUGCAGAAAUGAACGGCAGAAAUGAUAUCAUUUGUAUUUCGGAGAGUGAUGCCAACUAUCAGAAAUGGGCACAGCUUGCACAGCCUUCUUGCAGCAUUGAAAUUAUUGACAAGAUGAGCAUUGUCGGGAUGAAACUUAACCACGUAAAUGACACGAUCCACACCAUGUUGCCAACAUUAAUUGACAGUCACAGAUACCUACCCAUAUCAACAAGGGGUCUGUGUUUACUCAAAACUGCAGAUGAAGAAAGAAUGUUCACGCUGGAAAUAUUGAGUGUCAAUCAGUGUGAAGAUUACAAAAUGGAUGGUCAGGAUCCCACAGAAAUUGCCAAAAUUGAGAGAGAUUUUUAUCGUGGUGGCAAGGUCAGCUGGCUGAAUUUCAUGCUGGCAGAGCAAGGAUUCUGUGAAGCAGUGAUACAGCGGAAUGCCUACAAGGAAGUCAUUAAAAUUAUAGAUGGAAUGCUGAAGGGUUCAUCAGGGAAGCAGUUAGUAACCACAGUCCAUGUAUUUCACCAUCCAGGCAGCGGUGGGAGCACUGUGGCACGGCAGGUCUUGUGGAAUUACCGAAAGGAGCUGCGAUGUGCGGCCGUUAAACCAUCAUGUGCUGUCGGGAAAGUCUGUGAACAUGCAAUCCAGUUACUUGAGUAUGACGAAGAUGAUCUGAAUCAGUGCUUGCCAGUCCUGCUGCUCCUUGAGGAUGCUGAUGAAGAUUACUUUGAUGAAAUUAAGCAUGAAUUAAUACCUGCAAUUGGCAGCAAGACCGUGAAUGUUGUGAGACCUCCCUUCAUACUUGUGAACUGUCGGAGAUCCAAUAAUGCUGAAAAACUCUGCAAAACCAUCCCACUGGAAGCAGUAGCUGUUACCCACAAAUUAACCGAGGAAGAAAAAAGGUUGUUUUCUAACAGGCGUAAGAAACUUGAGGAACAUUUUGAACCAGAGUUUAUAUUAACAUUCGUUCUAAUGAGUGAGGGAUUUUCAGAAGAAUAUAUUCAGAAUUUUGUGAAACAUUUAUUGGAAGGUAUUGAUCACUCUUCUCCUGUCACUCGCUUGAUAAAGUACGUCGCUUUACUGAACCACUAUGUGGAGAAUUCAAACAUUUCACUGUCUCAUUGUGAGGCAUUUUUGAGUCUCGGCAUUCAAAUAGACCACUUACGCGUGCACACCUUUGAAACCUCCUUGAAUGAUCAGGCACGGUUUUUGUUCAUACAUUUCAGAGACUGUACCAGUGAGAUCAAGUCAAUCCGAAUUGUUCACCCUCUUGUUGCCAAGGAGAUACUGAAUCAAAUCUCGGAUCAGCCUCGGAGUCAAAUUGCGAUGGACCUUCUUAGGGAAAAGGCAUUUUUUGAGAACCGAUUUGCUCGUGAUGAAUUCAUUAAAUUUGUUCGAGACUUGUUCAUACGACGUCACAAAAGGAGUAAAGGUGACAGCGUGGAUACUGUUUUUUCUCCUCUGAUUGAAGAUAUUUGCAAUGAGCAGAAAGCUCCAGAAAAGGCUGUGGAAGUUCUGACAGCAGCUUAUGAAUGCUUCGGUAAAGAUCCAUUUUUUGCACAGCAGUUAGCCCGACUGCAUUAUAAGGACCAAAAUUUUACUGAUGCUAUAAAGUGGGCAGAAAAUGCAAAAUCUCAGUUGCCAACUAAUUCUUAUAUUUUAGACACCGAAGGACAAGUUUACAGAAAAAAGCUGAAUGUUCUGUUUGAUCUAACACAUUUGCGAACAGAGGAAGUUACUCCUGACAAACUUUCAGAAGCAAUAAGUAUCGCCCUGAAGGCGAUUGAGUGUUUCAGGGCUGCCCAGAAAGCAGCGCAAUCUGAACCUGAUUCAAUGAAUAAUUCUGGUUUCUUUGGUGAGGUGGAGGUUGGAUGUCAUUUAUUGCAACUUCUUUCACUGCUGGAUAUUUUUGAGAAGGAUAAAAGUGGCAGUUACACAAAACUGACAGAGUACCUUCUGGGCAAAGACAUUCCUGAAGUAAUUAAAGAACCUUGGAAAAACUUCCAUGGGAAAUUGAAAGGCCUGCAGAAAGGGAUAAAUGAUGCACUUGAAUGGAUAUCUGAAGAUUCAAGUUAUUUUCAAACCAACAAAUGUGAAGAUGAUGAAGAUGGAGCCAGUAAUACAGAGGAUCAUGCACACAAUCCUAGGAAAUGGCUCAUAAGAAAAACAAAAAUUUAUGCACGUUAUUUCACUCUUUCAGAACAGGAGCAGCAAAACUUAAAACAGAGUACAAAUUCCUAUUUGUUUACACUAGUAAGGCGUCUGCACAUUUCUAGGAAUGGUGGUGGAAACAUAACAUCAAUUUUUUCAUUUUUGUCUGACCAAAAGGAUGUUCGAGCUGUGGAAAACCUAGAGAAAAUAAUCUCCAUGUAUCCGAAGGAUCAUCAGAAAGAGAAACUAGAUCUGGUUGAUCUUGUCAACUUCACACUAAGUCACAUUGCACUUGCCUGUGUGGCACCAAGGUCCUCAAAGCUGCUAACAUUCAGCCAGCUGAGGGAACUUAGUUGGCAAUUUUCAAAAAAUAAAUAUAACAAUUCAAGUGCCUGUUUCUUACUUACUUUAUUGUAUUGGCCAGACGAAGCUUACGACAAGGAACCUGAUGAAGCUAAAGGUAGAAUCUUAAAUACAGCUCUUGAAACACUGAAGAAACUCUACGACAUCAAAAUGAAGAAUUUGCCUUCCAGAAAAAAACAGAUUUAUACACAUUCCUUCUUGGGUAAUGGACAUGGGUUUGACAAAAUUGUUCAUAAGAGUUUGCUUGAGAAGCUAAUUCCGAGCCGCCUAAGUGAACGAAGGUGGAAGUGGCUCACUGGAGAUGUGUGGAAGAACCCCAGGGUCAUCCAAAAGUUGAAGCGGGUUAAAGGCUGGACGGAAAACGGAAUGAUAUUUGUACGGGGUCACUACAAGCAGAACAAGAUCCGAAUCUUACCAUUGCAUUUCCCAUCAAUGCCUCAAGGCAAUGAGAACAUAACCUUUUACCUUGGCUUUACAUACGGGGGUCUGUUUGCUUACGACAUUCAAAGGAAACAUUGAACCUAACAGCAAUGUACUGCUUGCUUGACAAUCCGUUGUGUCACUUGGUUCCUUUGGGUCGGCACUGUCAUCUUUAGCCACUUACGGCAUUGUUUUGGAUUCUGACUGUCACCUUACAGAAACACCAGUUGAUCCUGUAGCUGCCUCUCAUUCCCAUCAUCAGGAUUAACUAAAUCACGUUUGUUAUUGUCCCAUAUGUGCCCACUCUCUGAAAAUGAUGAUGCUUGAUUAAUGUGUGGGAUUUAAAUACCAAUACCAUUCAAAUGCCAAAUGUCACACAUCUAUUUCUCUGUAUGAGACAUGGGCCUCGCUAGCUAUGCCAGCAAUUACUGCUUGUUCCUUAAUUGUCCAGGGCACUGUUAAGAGUCAGCCACAUUAAGACCAUAAGACAUAGGAGUGGAAGUAAGGCCAUUCGGCCCAUCGAGUCCACUCCGCCAUUCAAUCAUGGCUGAUGGGCAUUUCAACUCCACAUACCCGCAUUCUCUCCAUAGCCCUUAGAUUCUUGAAGUCUCGAGGAAUUAUCAAUCUCUGAAUUGCUGUGGGUCUGGAGUCACACAUAAACCUGACAAGAUAAGGAUGACUGAUUUCUUUCCCUGAAGAGCAUCGGUGAAUCAGAAGGGCUUUUAUGAUAAUUAACAGUGGUUACAUGGUCACCAUGAGGCUAAAUCUUCAUUCCAGAUUUUUAUUGAAUUCAAAUUUAACAAUUUGCCAUGAUGGGAUUUGAAUCCAUUUCCUCAGAACAUUAAUCUGAGGUUCUAAUGAGGCUACCAUUGUGCCAUGCCCUCCCUUAUCACAUAUAAAAUUAAGGAGUAACACACUGCCAGUCUUGACAUUG